UUCAAACUAAGCUACCCGUAUUACUCUUACAGUUAAGAUAUGACACCAGAUUCGUCUGCAGUUAAAGAAAGAUGAAAAGACAAAUCUGUCUGUUAGUACUAAUCAGCAGACUCAAUUACUGUAGCUGAAUCGAACCGUCAACAUGACGAAAAUAAAGGCUAAAGAUUAUCGUGGUAAGAAAAAGGAAGAGUUGGACAAAAAACUCGAUGAGUUGAAAGAGGAACUCCAGACUCUCAGAGUUGCCACGGUAACUGGUGGUUCAGCCAACAAGCUCUCUAAAAUUCGAACAGUUCGUAAAUCAGUUGGCCGAGUUUUAACUGUUAUGAACCAAACUCGAAAAGAAAAUUUACGUAAAUUUUACAAGAAAAAGAAGUGGGUACCUAAACAACUUCGACGAAAGAAGACCAGGGCUAUCAGACGUUCCUUGACAGAUAAUGAAAAAAACAUUAAGAGCAAGAAAGCCAGACGAAAGGCCCAGAAUUUCCCCAUGAGGAAAUUUGCUGUAAAAAGUUAAAUUAAAAAAAUGAAAGUAAU